GCUUGCUCCUCCUCGCUCCUCGUCCUCCUCCUUCUGCGCCUCGUCGUCUGGUGCUGCUGUUCCGCCUCGUCAUCUCCCUGUUUGUCCGCCUUCAGAGGGAUGCCUGCUCUUUGCCUCUCCCCAAGGCCCUGAAAGCCUCGAAGAAGCCGGCCUUUGUUCAGCUGCAGGGGGUGGCCAAGACGGUGCGCACGGCAGCGCUCAUCGCCGACGCGCUGGGACUCGUGAAGGGCUCGGCCGCAGGGCCCAUCGGCGUGUUCCUGCAGGAGGAGCCCGAAGUGCCAUUCGAGAACUACAAGUUCCACUCGUCCGACAUCAUCAGCACCCUCGAGGAGCUGGGCAAGUCCUUCAAGAACACCAAGGAUGAGUUGGACGCUGCUGAGGUGACGAGCAAGAAAGACCACACCAUGUAUCUCCAGUCGAUGGAUGCCAUGAUCAAGGACCUGAACUACGACCUGGAUGCUACCAAGGCCAAGAAGGCGGACACAAUCGCCAAGAUCAAGGCGGACAGCGAGGAGCUCUCCACGGUCGCGGCGCAGCUGCUGGAUGACCAGCAGUACCUCGAGACGCUUGCCCAGAUGUGCAAGGACAAGAAGAAGACCUGGGACCAGCGCUCCGCCACGCGCGCCGACGAGCUGUACACCAUCACGCAGGUGCUCGGCAUCAUUCAGGGCGCCGUCAGCAACAAGACCCGCGCGGAGACCGUCCGGUUCAACCAGGCUGGCGUGAGCCUGAGGAUCGCGAAGGCUGUCGCCAUGGACAGGUUGUUGAGCAGUGGGAGCCGCUCGACACAUACUGGGGAGGGGAUGUCAACCUACAACUUGAGCACCCAAGAGACGGAGAGUUAGAGGCAGCCGCCCUCCUGAGGGACAUCCUGACCAGCUCCGGCUCGGCUGCCGUGCACAUGCAUGGCCCCACUAGAAUUGACAAGGAUAGUGAGUCCCAGAUUGACAUGUGUGCCUGCCCAGUCAGCCAUAUUUACGCUUACGAGCCCUG